AUGGCAGACGCAGACGAGACACAAAAGCAGAAGCUUGCUGCCGCAAGGAAGCGCGUCGAGCAAAUGAAGAAGAAGAAGAAGAAUAAGGAGACUUCCGGCUCAAAGGCAGAGCCCAAAGAGGAAGUAGAAGCGCCCGCGCCCGAAGCUGUCGAAGACACCGCAGACCAACCCCCGCCGAGCCAGGAUGCAGACGACACGGCUGUCGAACAAGGCAAGGCUGAGGACAAGGCUGAGGACGAGCCUGGAGACCAGCAAGACGACAAAUCAGAAGACAAAACAGAAGAUAGGCCAGAGGACAAGGCCAGCGAGUCGUCACCGUUUGAAACGCCAUCCCUAGCACAGCAAUCAAAGCUCAGAUCAACUUCUUUCCGCGCCGGCUCGCUUGCAAGCCCGGGGCCAAUGUCGCCUGGGCCCUUUAGCCCCGAAGGCGACACAGCACCCGACAUCUACAGGAAGCACGUCGCAAGGAUAGAAGAGCUAGAAAAGGAAAACAAGCGUGUCACCAAGGAGGCUGCCGACUCGGAGAAGAGAUGGAAGAAGGCAGAGGAAGAGCUGGCUGAUCUACGUGAGUCUGAUGGCAAGGAUGGCAAGGACAGCCAGACAGAGACGUUGAAGGAGGAAAUCGCGUCUCUUCAGCGCCAAAACUCUCAGCUGCAGCAACAAGUAUCGCGGAAUAUAGGCCAUGGCCAUCGCCAGUCAGUAUCAAUCACAGCAUCGCCGCCAUCAUUACAAGCCGAAUUGAAUGCCAAAUCAGCCACGAUUGAGUCUAUGGAAAUUGAGAUUUCAAAGCUGAAAGCCCGAGUUGAACGCCAAGAGAGCGGCGCAUCUUCGGAAAGGGAGCAAAUCACUGCCCUCGAGGACAAGGUUGCCCGGGCCGAAGCUGCGGCAGGCAAAGCUCAACGCGAGCUGCAAGAUUUGAAAAAGAAUUUAGAGCGUACGACAGAAAAGGCCGUUCGUGAAGGCAGCGAACGAACCAGCGCAGAGACCAAGGUGAAGACUCUGGAACACGACCUGGACGAGGUUAACAAGGCCAAAGAAGAGCUAGAGAAGAAGACGGAAGCGCUCGAAAAGAAGGUCGCAACAUUGACUACGCUGCACAAAGAGCAAGAUGCUCGGUCACAAGCGCUAAGGAAAGAGAAGGAGAAGGCAGAAAAUGAAGCCCAGGAGCUGCGAUCCAAGGUGGAGAAUCUAGAAAGCGAAAAUGUCAAGCUUCGAAGUCGCAAAUCUGCAGAAGGAGGUGGUGGCCUUGACGACGAGGGCGUUGAUGAGCUCGAAGACGAAGGAAGACUCAAGCUAGAGAAGAAGAUUCGCAGCCUCGAGGCAGAGAUUCAUGAGCUUCGCAGCGGUGCCUGGAUCGAGAGACGGCGCGAAAUGGAAGCCAUUAGUCCUGGAUUCGACGACGUUGACCUCUCAGGUAACAACCACCCUCCUGCGCACAAGAAGGGGUCGACUGGCGGUAUUGGUGAUUUCAUCGCCCACGGACUAAAUGCACUGGCUAGAGGUGGAGAUGAUGAGCUGUUGGCGGAUGACGACAUGGAAUUUGAUGAGGAAGCCUUUAGAAAGGCGCACGAAGAGGAGGCGAAGAGGCGGAUCGAAAGGAUCAAGGAGAUCAAGCGCUCGUUGAAGCACUGGGAGGGAUGGAGGCUGGAUAUUGUGGAUGUGCGCAGAGGAGGAGGGCAGGGAAUUGGAGAUAUAUUUGACAUUUGA